AUGACAGGCGAAAGUUUAGAGCGGCGGGAGUCGCAUGUCCCAGCCGUAACGACUGUAUUCGCCGACGGAGAUGUGCCCGAUCACCUCGCAGAGAUGUCCGAAGACGAGGCAGCCCUCGCCGCGCUCGGUUACAAGCAAGAGUUUAAACGAGAAUUCUCGGCUUGGACGACUUUCGCUGUCAGUUUCGCCGUGAUGGGACUUCUACCAAGUAUCGCUACCACUAUGGUGUAUGGACUUGGAUAUGCUGGACCUGCGGCAAACACUUGGGGAUGGUUGCUGUCUGUUUUCUUCAUUCUAUGUGUCGCUUGCUCGAUGGCAGAAUUGGCAAGUAGCAUGCCCACAUCCGGCGGUCUUUACUAUGCGGCGGCCGUACUCGCAGGUCCGAAAUAUGGCCCGUUCGCGGCCUGGAUUACAGGCUGGAGCAAUUGGUUGGUGCAAGUCACUGGGGCUCCCAGUGUUGACUACGGAUGUGCCGCCAUGAUUUUAGCUGCAGCUUCGAUAGUGAACCCGGACUACGUACCGACGAAAUACCAGACCUUCCUCCUGACCGUUCUCAUCAUGUUGACACAUGCCGGCAUCAGCAGUAUGCCGACGUUGUGGAUCGCGAACUUCAACUCCGUCGGAACCGUCAUCAACCUUCUCUGCCUUUUGGUCGUCAUCAUUAUUAUUCCCACCGCAACUAUGGGCGACCCGAAGUUCCAGCCUAAUGAAUGGGCAUGGGGUAUUCAAAAUGGAACUGACUGGCCUGAUGGAGUCGCUGUGUUGAUGUCCUUCCUAUCCAUCAUCUGGACCAUGUCCGGUUAUGACGCCAGUUUCCAUCUUUCCGAAGAGUGCUCGAACGCAUCUAUCGCCACGCCAAGAUCCAUCGUCAUGACCGCUGCGUCAGGAUCCAUCCUUGGCUUCACCUUGAACACACUCAUCGCAUACACGGUUAAGGACGUGGGAGCAAUCAUCAAUAGUGAUCUGGGCCAACCCUUCGCUGCAUACGUGACUCAAGUCCUCCCGCGCAAUGUCGCCCUCGCCGUCCUCGCUAUGACUCUUGUCUGCGCGUUUUCUAUGGGACAGGGGUGCAUGGUCGCCGCAUCGCGGGUGUGCUUCGCCUAUGCGCGUGACGACUGCUUCGGCGUCGUCAGCCGCCCACUAAAGCAAGUCAACCGAUACACGCUCACUCCCGUUAACGCCGUCUGGUUCAACACUUCAAUCGGCAUCCUACUCCUCUUCCUGAUCUUCGGCGAUACCGCUAUCGACGCCAUCUUUAGCAUCGGCGCCAUUGCUUCGUACAUCGCCUUCACGACCCCUAUCUUCCUGAAGAUCGUGUUCGUAGGAAACAAGUUCCGCCGCGGGCCAUGGCAUCUUGGCGCUUUCAGCUUACCUUCUGGUAUUGCGGCGUGCGUUUUCGUCGUGGUGAUGAUGCCGAUUCUAUGCUUUCCGAGCACAAGAGGGGAUAACCUGUCGGCUGAUUCGAUGAACUGGACAUGUCUUGUCUACGGUGCUCCGAUGGGUUUCGUCGUUGUCUGGUUCUUCGUCGAUGCUCACAAGUGGUUCAAGGGCCCCAAGGUCAAUAUCGAACAUCACAUGCUUCAUCAACAGCUUAUUGGCGUGGAAGGCGUCAAUGCGUCCAAGGGAAGCGAUGCGAGCAGUAAGAAUAGCAAGGAUGCGGAUGUGGAAAGGGGGUCGUUGUCUAAGGCCCCCCUGGCUUAG